AUGACUACCACCAGUGUCAAACUCCUAAAGCUCGCGCUUCCGCUUAUCAAAACCCAUGGCUUUACCCGAGAAGCGCUAUCCUUGUCGGUGCUAUCCCUACCCACACCGCUAGCUCGUCCUCUCCCGGACGCGAGCGUGACUGCGUUGUUUGGCCCAGGAGACGAUGCGUGUAGGACACUCGUGCAUGCGUGGCUUGAUGAUGCAAGGCGUCGGAUGAAGGAAGAGGCGGUAGAGAAGAUGGGAAUGGGAGAUGUGUUGAAGGCGAGGCUGAAGAGCAACGAACCGGUGCUGGAGCACCUUCCAGAGGCGUUCGCUCUCCUCGCUUCCUCUUCCUCUUUACUUCUACCUCUACUCUCGGUGGACCCUGCUCCGAUAAUCAAACACGCUGUUCAAGUCUCUAACCAGGCGUGCUGGAUCGCUCAUAGUGAUGCGCGGGAGUUGUCUUGGUACACCCGCCGAGCAUCAAUCUCCGCCAUCUAUCUGGCCGCCGAACUUCACCAACUAACUUCCCCAAAGACAGCACCAGAAUUCUUGGAUUCGCUCCUCGAGAAUACUGAGCAUGCGGGAAAGGCUUUGGACGAGACGGCUUUGUUUGCGAGUUAUAUUUGGAAGAGCUGGAGAGGGAUUGUGAGGAGUUCUGGGGUGUUGGUUUGA